AUGCUCCAUGCUGGAGCGCUUGACCCACUAAUCUCAGUGUCCCAAGGUCGAGCUCAGAAGUUCAGGCAGAAGGGCUCUGGCACUCGCUUGCAUUCGCGCCAUAAGGAUGUAUCCUGCAAGACUACGCCAUUCGCGUUCUCAAGCUCGCUGGACUACGUCAACUUUGCUGCUCAUGCCGAUCCGGAACCCGACCCACCUGGUCGAUCGUCAAGCCCUCGAAGCCUUCGUCGCGCAGACCCCAGCCCUCACCAGCCCUAUUUGCGCUCCAUUCGCCGAACGGACGCGCAGGCGUAUCACAUGCACUCGGCAGCCCAGGUACUGAAGACCGACUCUCAGCCGAACGACGCGGAUUCUGACCUCCACCACAUCUCCGACAAGGAGCUUCGUCCCCAUCUUUAA